AGAUACAUGAAGCGAAGUUAUGUAGUAAAAUCCACAUUGAAUGAAGUAGUUAUAGGAAGUGCCAUAAGAACACCCAUUGGAUCCUUUCUAGGCAGUCUUUCCUCACUGCCAGCCACUAAACUUGGUUCUAUUGCAAUUCAGGGAGCCCUUGAAAAAGCAGGGAUUCCAAAGGAAGAAGUGAAAGAAGUAUACAUGGGUAAUGUUCUACAAGCAGGUGAAGGACAAGCCCCUACAAGGCAAGCAGUACUGGGUGCAGGCUUACCUAUUUCUACUCCAUGUACCACCAUAAACAAAGUUUGUGCUUCAGGAAUGAAAGCCAUAAUGAUGGCAUCUCAGAAUCUCAUGUGUGGACAUCAGGAUGUGAUGGUGGCAGGUGGAAUGGAGAGCAUGUCCAAUGUUCCAUAUGUGAUGAACAGAGGAGCAACACCAUAUGGUGGAAUCAAGCUUGAAGACUUGAUUGUAAAAGAUGGGCUAACAGAUGUCUACAAUAAAAUUCAUAUGGGAAACUGUGCUGAAAACACCGCAAAGAAGCUUAAUAUUUCGCGAGAUGAACAGGAUAUGUAUGCUAUUAACUCCUACACCAGAAGUAAAGCAGCAUGGGAAUCAGGAAAAUUUGGAAAUGAAGUUAUUCCUGUCACAGUUAUAGUAAAAGGUAAACCAGAUGUAGUGGUGAAAGAAGAUGAAGAAUAUAAACGUGUUGAUUUUAGCAAAGUUCCAAAGCUGAAGACAGUUUUCGAAAAAGAAAAUGGCACAGUGACAGCUGCCAACGCUAGUACACUGAAUGACGCAGCAGCUGCUGUGGUUCUGAUGACUGCAGAUGCAGCUAAGAGGCUCAAGGUUGAGCCACUGGCAAGAGUAGCAGCAUUUGCUGAUGCUGCUGUAGAACCUAUUGAUUUUCCAAUUGCUCCUGCAUAUGCUGUAUCUAAGGUUCUUAAAAGUGCGGGAUUAAAAAAAGAAGAUAUUACAAUGUGGGAAGUAAAUGAAGCCUUUAGUGUGGUUGUACUAGCAAACAUCAAAAUGCUAGAGAUUGAUCACCAAAAAGUGAAUAUCAAUGGAGGAGCUGUUUCUCUGGGACAUCCCAUUGGGUAG